AUGGGCGACUUAUUCUCCAAACCUUCGCAAGCUGACUCCACCGCCACCGACGACGCUGCCGUCACCAUGUCCUCCCCGAAUCCCGAGCUCUCCGGCGGCGCCACAACCCCAGAACCGAAAUCCCCAAUCGAAAUAUCCGCCGAUCUUCCACCAGAGCCAACCGCUGCAGAAAUUAAAGAACAAGCUUCAGAAAAUGAAGCAAUCCCCGGAGAAAAACCCGAAGAAGAGACCAUAGACGGAGACAAUAGCGAACAAGGAGGAGAAGGAGAAGGAGAAACAGAAGAAGGCGAGUGUGGAUUUUGCCUGUUCAUGAAAGGCGGCGGAUGCAAGGAGGCCUUCACAGAUUGGGAAAAGUGCGUCGAGGAAGGCGAGAAGAACAAAGAGGAUAUUGUCGAGAAGUGUUUCCAGGUGACGGCGGCUCUGAAGAGCUGUAUGGAGGCGCACUCCGAUUACUACGCCCCGCUCUUGCAGGCGGAGAAGGCUGCUGAGGAGGAGGCGGCCAGGCAAUUGGAGCAAGAGAGAGAAAAUUUGAAGGAUGUGUCUGGGGAGAAGGAGGAGGCCGAGGAGAAUUCCGGUGGUGGCGAUGAAAAUAAAUCGGCUUGA